CUGUUCCACAACUAAAGAAAUGCUGUACUAAUCGAACAAAAUACUCAAUGCGAAUAUUGUAAUAAUUGUAAACAUAAUUGUAAAAAUUGAAAAAAGAAAAAUAAAAUAAACAAUGAAUCCAGUUGUAAUAGUUAAAUCUAAUUGUGACAUGAAACCCAUGGAUAUUGUCAAAAACAUAGCAACAGCGAAUGGUGGUCAAGUCAUCGAGACAACGAUUGGGAACAUAAAGGCUCCAGCUAUGUUGUGCAAUGUAAAAACAAAGUAUUAUGAAAAUCAAAUUGUUUUGUUUCCUUGUGACUUAGACUGCAAAGCAAUACCGUCGGAUAUCUUAGAAAUGUGUGAAGCAUUCAUAUAUUAUUUUGAUUCAGAAAAUAGAUCAUUUUUAACUGAGAUCGAUGAGUUAAUCACUUUCGUUAAAAACAAUAACAUCGAAUUAGGUUUAUUGAUAACAAAGCAACUUUGCGACGAGCCGUCAACAGGAAUAACAUACAAAGAGCUAAAAAGUAUAUGCAAAAUUGUUUUUGAUGUUAUUGAACUAAACCAAAAAUCCGAUGAUGAAGAUGAUGAGGAGAGAAACGAGCAAGUACAUGAAUAUGUCGAAAUAAUUAGGGCCUUGCAUAAUAAUAUAUGGUCAAACGUGAAAUAUCCAAGUAAUUUGGAAACAGAAAAUUCUUUAGAUGACACUUCUGACUCAGAAUGGAGUUUGGGUGUUGAAGAACAAUUGGAUGCUUUCGAUAAGUUGUUAACGAAUAUUCAAAAUUUUAAGACAUUAUCCGCUAACUUACCGAGAGAACAAGUCUUAGAUGAAGCUGAAAAAUUGGCUGCAAUGUUUUCUACUAUAAUGAAUGAAGAUUGAACAUAAAUAACUAAUUAUUUAAAAAGUAUUUUAAAGAACUUUAUAAAACUGUUAGAAUAUUAUUUAAGCAGUUAAAUUAUUACUUGUACUUAGUAAAUUAGUGAAUUCAUGUAUUAAACAAUAAAAAUUAAAUUUGAGU